GCAUAUACUUUGGUAAUCUCAAAACUCGAACUGCUAUUGCCAAAGCUCGAUUAAUAAUUUCGUCAGUUAGACCUUCGAUUGCAAAACUCGACCAUUUACUGAAACUCGAUCACUUAAUGAAAGCAAGAGACCAUGAUGUCUCUUGAUGAAAGUCAUUACACUUUUGACUCGACCACUUAAUGAAAGCAAGAGACCAUGAUGUCUCUUGAUGAAAGUCAUUACACUUUUGACCUUGGCUGGCCAUACCAGUCCAUCAUCCUCGUCAUCAUCCUCGCACACACUUCACUUUAGCAAUGCUCAUAAGGUAGAUUGUCAGUUUCAAUUCCCCAAAAUCAAACAAAUAAUGUCGCGUGUAGCGAAAUCGGCAUCUCAAUCGCGGAAUUUUAUAGACCUCGCGGAAAGGAACCGGUGUGAGAAUAACCCACCACAGGGUGCCCAAGAUGCCAGUAGAGGAGUAAAAUACGCAGGAAGCCCAGUUUCAAUACGUUUACAAUAUGGCGGCAGACAUUGAACAUUGCAACUGGCUUGAUAUUUCUCUAGAAACCUUUACAAAUUUUACCGAAAAACCCGUGAAAAUACUGCUUUCAGAUAACAGGACUAUCGCAGGAUGGGUGUUUUGUGUGGAUCCUGUUUCAAAGUCUGUAAUCCUGUCACAAAAUACCGAAGGGGCCUGGAGUAAUUCAGUGGUUCUCGGACAUGCUAUCAAACAUAUGGAAAUACAGCAAGAGCUAGAAUACCAGAAGCCUGACUUCGAGAAGUUAUAUCCCUACAGACAACUUGAAGCGAAUGGACACGAUUUAGAGAAGAGAAAAUCAAAUGUUGUCCGAUGGUUGGAGAAAAAUAGACUGUCGGUUACUGUUAAAGAUGAGCUGGUUUGUGUUCUUGGUGUACUGUGUAUUGAACCGCCGUAUAAUCAGGAAAGUUGUAGAUCCAGCAAUGUUAUUAUAUUACAACGAAUACAGAAACUUAUUCAGAAUAUGCCCGUUCCAGAGGAAACUGUUUGAGUGCACCAUUGUCAGCAAGUGUACAGCUGCAUUGCCAUUAGUUAAAAAGGAAUAGGGUCAGGUUAUAUCCACCACUCGGUGGUUAUAAGCCAGUUCAGGGUUUAAGAAAAGACUCGGGGAGACUGGGUAAAAUCGAUAGAAUCGGGCCAAAUGAGCCAUUUUGCAGAAGAGUUUGUCUGCGGGGAGAAGGAGAAAAAUCUUCCCUAAAAAGCCGUUUUACAAGAUAUGGGAAAACCAAACACAUUCAUGUGUUGCACACUUAUUGUUUUAAUUUUCGACCACGUUUUGUUAUGAACACAGCCCAAUAAAUUUUUUUACAGAUAGAUUUACUUCGCUCAGUGAGCUAAUUUGGUCAACUUCAGCUUGCAAAACAUGGAUGAAAACACACAACAACAAUUAACUUUGGUACCUCAGGUAAAAACGAAAUGAUUUUUGUCCACAAAAUUCAAGUAACAUUUUUGCUAAACAUCUAAGAACAAUAUUGAUUUGAAUUUUAAGGCAUAAAAAUUGAAAUGGCACUUUUAUCGAUGCAUUUUAUAUUCCAAUUCAGAGUUCGCCGAUUAACUUUUACAGUAUUUGAGUGAAGGAAUGACUCAGAGUACUCAGAAAAUCGCUCAAUAGAAACACCUUUUCAACCUAAUUCAUCCUGAAUUGCCCACUAUAAGUGCAAUAAAGUCCUCACGUGGGGCAAUGAAUGAUUUUACCAUAUCUUUUAAAGCUAUUUUGUAGACAGGAUUUUUCUCCAAGACCGCAAUACAAACUCUUUUUUGAAAUCGCUCUUUUGGUCCGAAAGAGCACAGUCCCUCACGCCAUUUCCUAAACUCUGAACUGGCUUAUUAGACGAAGGGGUCUUAGUCUUGCAACCACCGACCAUAAGGCUCAAAGUAAAUAUGGCCAUCACAUACUGGCAUGGUUUGAAAGUUAUGAAUAUUUAAUUAUAUAUGUAUAUUUGAUAGGUAAUUAUUGUUGGAAUAAAUAAAGGUUCUAUCAGCCA